AUGUUAGCUCGAAGACGGAUUGUUGCGGUGAUAUUUCUGCUUUUGAGCACCUCAUACCUACUAUACAAAGUAUCUGUAAAGUUUGAGAGAGUGGUUACGGGGUCCAAGGUAGACAUGGAGCUCGGUGAUUUGUAUUUGAGGGUCUGGACCUCAUACCUACUAUACAAAGUAUCUGUAAAGUUUGAGAGAGUGGCUACAGGGUCCACGGUAGACAUGGAGCUCGGUGAUUUGUAUUUGCCCGAGGGUCUGGACGUACAGCUAUUCAGAGCAACUCCGAUAAUGAAGCAGUCAGUAAAAUCCAAACUCCCGAAGCUGGACACCUUGGCAUGGCCGGACGGGACACUUUCCUCAGUCUCAACAACACAGUUAAUUCAGAAUCACAGUAUGCUAACAAAACCUGGUCCAUUUCAGCCGGUGUUAAGCUACAGUCAGAGACUCUUAUUCCAGAAAUUGUUGAAAACGGUUGCAGACCUUUUGCUUGAGAAUGGAUUUGGGGAUCGUUUUAUGCUCUCGGCAGAUGCCGUAUUGGGCUCAUUCCGUCACCAUGAUGUAGUGCCUUGGGCCGACCAUGCCGGGUUUCUGGUUGACGUGACCAUACGCGUUAAAGUGCGAAGCUUGCUGAGAACAUUAAGCCCGGAAAUUCUACUGCAUCAGACUCCAACGCAGGAUAUCGUCUUUGCAAAAAUGAUGGAGUCAUCAGAAAACCACAUGGACCUGCAGCAGGGCCACUUCACUACGUUACAAGAAUACGGAUGGCCUCAUAUACAUAUUGAAUACUUCGAAGCGAACGGAACACAUAUCAAAAGUAUCAAACAAGCCCGUCCACCACAAUACACUUGGCCAUAUGACGCGGUCUUCCCACUUUACUUGCGUCCAUUCGGUUCCGACUGGUUCCCGGCACCGAGGAACCCAAAAGAAUUCUUACGAUGGCGUUACGGUUCUGUGGAUUUAUGUGAAACACAGACCAAAUCGCAUAUCACGGAAAGACUACUUCCACUGGAAUUGAUACCCUGUAGCGAUCUUGGCGAGCGAUACGCAUUUGUGGAACACAGAGUCUGUGGGCCGGGUGUUCAGGUAGCUUCGAAUGACGAGAUGAUGCUAGGAGAAGAGCGCUUGAUGCGUCGUAAAUCGAAGGACACAUUCGACAUCAUCCAUCGGAUUUGUUUGGCUGCACCUGUUGAAAGUAUAAAAUGCGAUAUGUACACACUCCAAUGUGCGGACCCGUACUAA